CGCGGACUUUAGCCGCUAGCAGCAGCAGUUAAUCCUCUCUGCAGUCACCUCGUCCUUCACUAGGAUGAAAACCAUGUUAGCGAUCAUUUCUAACGCCCUGUGCCGGAUCACAGGGAGGAGUGCGUUUUCUCUCCUCCUCCUGCUCUGCCGCCUUCAGUCUUCACAAACUCAACAACCCCCCAUUCAUUUGUUGCUUCUCUCCCUCCUCUUCCUCCCCUUCCUCCCCCACUCCUGCACCUGAACCGUAGGGAGAGCAAACCGUGUCGGAGGGCGCCAGAGUCGUUGCCUCCCGCUCCUUAUCUGACUUCACUCCUCAGGCGACCUUUGACAUCAAGAAAUGCGACGUGCACCGGCUGGAGGCGGGGCCUCCUGUGAAGGCGGAGCUAACGCGGGAGCAGGGCCUGCAGUAUUACCGCACCAUGCAGAUGGUGCGGCGCAUGGAGCUGAAAGCCGACCAGCUCUACAAGCAGAAGAUCAUCCGGGGUUUCUGCCACCUCUACGACGGACAGGAAGCGUGUGCUGCCGGAAUCGAAGCCGCCAUCAACCUGUCAGAUCACCUGAUCACGGCCUACCGAGCCCACGGCUACACCUACACCCGCGGCGUCUCCGUCAGAGAGAUCCUGGCCGAGCUCACAGGUCGCAAAGGGGGCGUGGCCAAAGGGAAGGGCGGUUCCAUGCACAUGUACGCGCCUCACUUCUACGGCGGCAACGGGAUCGUGGGCGCUCAGGUGCCGCUGGGCGCCGGCAUCGCUCUGGCCUGCCAGUACCAAGGAAACAACCAGAUCUGUGUGACGUUGUACGGCGACGGAGCCGCCAACCAGGGUCAGCUGUUUGAGGCCUUCAACAUGGCCGCCCUCUGGAAGCUGCCGUGCGUUUUCAUCUGUGAGAACAACAAGUACGGCAUGGGGACGUCGGUGGAGCGGGCGUCGGCCAGCACCGACUACUACAAGCGGGGCGACUUCAUCCCCGGACUAAGAGUGGACGGGAUGGACGUGCUGUGUGUCAGAGAGGCGGCGAAGUUCGCUGCAGAUCACUGCAGAGCCGGGAAGGGGCCAAUCAUCAUGGAGCUGCAGACCUACCGUUACCAUGGACACAGCAUGAGCGACCCGGGCGUCAGCUACCGGACCCGGGAGGAGAUCCAGGAGGUCCGCAGUAAGAGCGACCCGAUCUCCCUGCUGAAGGAGCGACUGCUCAGCAACAACAUGGCGUCCGUGGAGGAGCUGAAGGAAAUCGACAUCCAGAUCCGUAAGGAGGUGGAGGAGGCGGCUCAGUUCGCGACCUCUGACCCCGAGCCACCACUGGAGGAACUCUGCAACCAUAUUUUCUCCAACAACCCGCCGCUGGAGGUCCGCGGGACGAACCCCUGGUCCAAACUGAAAUCCAUCAGCUAAAACGUCCCGACUGUGAAUCAAACCUGCCAGUAUUUAUUUACCUGAAACUGUUUUUAAUAGGAACCUAAAUAAUUUAAUGAGCUGAGAGUCGGACCAGGCUGCUAGCGGCGCAGAAACACAAACGUUAGCUUUUCAUCUGAACACGCCGUCCUGCAAACAAACGCACAACUACAAGGUUUUGUUUCUGUACCACCGACCCGAAUCCAACAUCCUGAUGGAGUUUUAAAAAGUUAUGAAACCUGAAGGAAUUUUAGAGGCAUCAUUCUUGAGUCACGAGGUCUAGUCAAAGUAAGCAAAAUCAGUUUAAAGGAGCUGAACACUACAAAAACAGAACACUAGUUUUCUGUCGAAUAUUCACUUUUCUGACGCUGUAUUAGAGUAAUUGUACAACAAAAGAAGGAAGUUUUUAGAAAAAACUGAAUCUGUGAUUAAUCUCUUUCUUGCAAAUUUCUGACAUUAACCACAGAAUUUUAGUUUUUCUCUGGAAUUUAAUCUCAGAAAUGUCAGUUUCAAACUAAGAAAUUUAUGAUUUAAUUCUGAAAUUAAUCUCAAAAUUUGAGUUUUUCCUCUGAAAUUGACUCUUUUUUUUUUUUUUUUUUUUCUAUUUACAGUUUGUCCUGUUUCCUCUAUAGUAAGGUUAAAAUCUGAAUAUAUUUAAUUUAAAACGUUUCUACUCUUAGAUACACAGCGUCAGAUAUAAUAUCUGACGCUGUGUGUUUCUGUACGUUUAAAGCUUUACAUUCUCUAUGCAUUCAGUUUAUAAAAACAUUUAAAAUCUGUUUUCAUGGACAAACUGUAAGAAUUUGUAGUUUGAAUUAUCUGAGGUUCUUUGUGAAUAUUUAUUUUCUGAACUUGUACAGAAAGUUUUAUUUAUGAUGUUUUGAGAAAUGUAACUGAGCCACAGAGUUAUGAAAUAAAUUAUGAUGAAAGUG